GGGGCGUGGGGCUCCGGCGGGCGGUCGGCGCCCAGGGCGAGCCCAAGAUGGCUGGAGGCGGCGGCGGCGGCGGGGGCAGCCGCGGGGGGCUGUGCUGAGCGGCCCCGCCGGGACGGGACGGCUGGGCUCGGCUGGCCCCGCAGCCGCAGCCCCUCCGCAGAGCCCCGCCGGGCGGGCGGGGGAGGCAGCGGGAGCCGUUUUGUUCCGGUGACUUCAGGGGUUUUAUUUUUUCCAAUAACCUUUUUUUUCCCCUGUUUUUAAAUUAUUUCUUUUCUUUUUAACACGGCUCCGGUCUCCGUUCUCGAGCAGGGCAGCGCAAAAUGGCUGAGAGCUGACUCGGCUCUCCCGGCGCCACACGCUUCGGCCGGCUCCUCCCGGCUGCCCGCCGCCGCCUCGCCCCUUCGCCGGACCGGGGAAGGCGCUGGGCGGGCGGCUCGGGUACCCGGCCCCGUGCCCGGAGACCUCCCCGGCUCCAUCGCAUUGUUGCUGCGUCCCCGCGGCCGGCCAUGAGACCGGGCUAGGUCAGACCACCCCCCUCCCCCUUCCCCCCCCCCCCCGCCCCCGGACGCCGUCCUCCCCCAGCCCCGGUGGGAAGUCGGAGCAGGCUGAUUCGGAGGCCGCGGGGUUCGGAUCCCCCCUGGGCAGAGCCCGUCCUCUCUCCCAUCCCCUCUCCGGAGCGCUGGGGGAGGCUGGGCGGGCUGCGCUGCGCUGGGCUUUGCUCUGAAUGACCGAGCUCUCCCAUUCAAGACCUCGCAAUCGCGAAGCAGGAGAGAGGGUUGGUUUUUUUUUUUUCUUGUGGGUUUUUUUUUUCCCGUCUUGUCUUUUUUUUUUUCCCCUCUUCCUUUUUUUCUCUGCCGCUCCGCCGGGUUAGAAGCAAAUCUCGGGGGCCGCCGAGAGAAUUCAUUUUUUCGCCAUCGUCAUCAUCGCUAUUAUUAUUAUUAUUUUUAAUCUUCCUCCUCUUCCCAUUUUGGAUCUUAACCCUUUGAUCUGUUUCCUUUAAAAGACUCCGAUUCCCAACUCCCAUCGGGGAAGAGGGAGGAGAAAUACGGGGAAGGGAAAAAGCCCCCCCACCGAACGGAGGGGAGUGUGUGCUCUCAGCUGUUAGCCAGGUUGGUGGGGGACAAAAGUCCCUUUAAAAUAUUGAAUGUCAGUUGCAAACCUAAGAAAAGAAAAAUCCGAUCCGGAGCGCUAAAUUUAGGAGCUUUAUAUGGAACUUGGACCGUGCUGCUGGAUUUUGUAUGGAUUUUUUUCAACCUUUGGGAGGACAGACCCCGCCGUCCGCCCCUAGACCACACUGACUGACCGAAGCGGCUUGGGGGGAAACGUCGCUGCCGGCAGAGAUGGCCGAGAAUUGGAAGAACUGCUUCGAAGAGGAGCUCAUCUGCCCCAUUUGCCUGCAUGUCUUCGUGGAGCCGGUCCAGCUGCCCUGCAAGCACAACUUCUGCCGGGGCUGCAUCGGGGAGGCGUGGGCCAAGGAGUCGGGCUUAGUGCGGUGUCCGGAGUGCAACCAGGCCUACAACCAGAAGCCCAACCUGGAGAAGAACCUGAAGCUCACCAACAUCGUGGAGAAGUUCAACUCCCUCAACCUGGAGAAGCCCCCCUCCGUCUUGCACUGCGUCUUUUGCCGCCGGGGCCCGCCGCUGCCGGCCCAGAAGAUCUGUUUGAGGUGUGAGGCUCCGUGCUGCCAGUCCCACGUCCAGACCCACCUGCAGCAGCCUUCCACGGCCCGUGGCCAUCUCCUGGUGGAAGCGGACGACGUGCGGGCCUGGAGCUGCCCGCAGCACAACGCCUACCGCCUGUACCACUGCGAGGCCGAGCAGGUGGCCGUCUGCCAGUUCUGCUGCUACUACAGCGGGGCCCACCAGGGACACUCGGUCUGCGACGUGGAGAUCCGCCGCAAUGAGAUCAGGAAGAUGCUGAUGAAGCAGCAGGACCGCCUGGAGGAGCGGGAGCAGGACAUCGAGGAGCAGCUCUACAAGCUGGAAUCGGACAAGCGGCUGGUGGAGGAGAAGGUGAGCCAGCUGAAGGACGAGGUGCGCCUGCAGUACGAGAAGAUGCACCAGAUCUUGGAUGAGGACUUACGGAAGACCAUGGAGAUCCUGGACAAGGCCCAGGCCAAGUUCUGCAACGAGAACGCAGCCCAGGUCCUCCACCUCAACGAGCGCAUGCAGGAGGCCAAAAAGCUCCUCAGCUCUGUCCAGGUCAUGUUUGACAAAACUGAGGACAUCAACUUCAUGAAGAACACCAAGUCUGUGAAGAUCUUAAUGGAUAGGACCCAGAACUGUACAGGUGGCAGCCUGCCCCCUCCCAAAAUCGGCCACCUCAACUCCAAGCUCUUCCUGAACGAGAUCGCCAAGAAGGAGAAGCAGCUCAGGAAGUUGCUGGAAGGUCCUCUGAGCACCCCCGUCCCCUUCCUGCAGAGCAUCCCCAUGUACCCCUGCACCGUCAGCAACUCCGGCGCGGAGAAGCGCAAGCACUCCACCGCCUUCCCCGAGGGCAGCUUCCUCGAGCCACCGUCCGGGACUGUGGCGAGCCAGUACAUGAGCCAGGGCGCCUCGGCCGGCGAGGGGCAGUCCGCACAAGCCAUGGUGCCUUGUAGCUCCACGCAGCACAUAGUUGGACUUCCCAGCGGCCCACAGCCGGUGCACUCGGGCUCCGUCUUCAACCCAUCUCACUACCCCAACACCACGUCAUCUCAGCAGUCCGUGCUCUCCCAGUACGGCGGGCGCAAAAUCCUCGUCUGCUCGGUGGACAACUGUUACUGUUCCUCCGUCUCCAACCACAGCGGGCACCAGCCCUACCCGCGCUCGGGGCACUUCCCCUGGACGGUCUCCUCGCAGGAGUACUCGCACCCGCUGCCGCCCGCCCCCGCCGUGCCGCAGUCGCUCCCAGGACUUGCCAUGAGGGAAUGGAUUGACGCGUCCCAGCAGCACGGCCGGCAGGAUUUCUAUAGGGUCUAUGGGCAGCCCUCGGCGAAACACUACGUCACCAGUUAACCGCCGCACUCUCCGGGGAGCCCCGCUCCGCGACGCCUUCCCAGAGAGCAGCCUGCUUUGCUUUGGCUUGGCUUUGGGGUUUUCCUUUGGUUUUUUUCUCCCCUUUUAAAUCAAACCCGAUUUUUUCCCCCCUGCCUCGCGCCCCUCCAGGAUUUUGGGGAGGGUCCUCUCGUCUCUCAUCUCUCUGUUUCGUUUUAAAAAAAAAUGUUUUAAAGUUAUUUUUUGUUUCCCUUUUAAUACCUUUUUUUGUUUUUUAACUUAAUUUUGGAAAGUCCUUCCUGCCCCUCACUGGGAAAAGACGAGGGAGAAAACACCGAGAAGCAAUCGAUGGGGAUUUCAGUCAGGCGGCCGGGUCUGUGCGUCGUGCUCUUCCUCCCUCCUCUCUGCCUUUGGAAAAGCUUCAGAAGGGACAAUGGCACCUUCUCUCUUUCCACUUCUCCGAGUUCCGUUGUUUUUUUUCCUGGUUUGGUUCAGUUUUUCCCCUUCCCCCACCCCUCUGCUCUUUCCCUUUUUAAAAAGAGAAAAAAAAAGCCCUUCCAUCGAUUCCGUAUGAGACGAUGCUCGUAGAUCUUGGUUUGUUACCUUUUUGUUUGUUUGUUUGUUUUUAAGGCUGAUUUCUUCUUUUCGUUUUGGAGUUCUGAGGCCACUUCUCGUGCAGAUUGGCAUUUUCUUUUUUGGGUUUUUUUUUCCCUUCCCUUCUUUCAGAGAUUUGUAAAUACACAAUGGCAGGAAAUUUAAUGCACAAAAAAGAAAAAAAAAAAGGGAAAAGAAACUUAAAAAAAACAAAACAAAAAGACCACGAAUAAAUAAAUAAAUAAACAGAUUUGUUCUAGUUUUCAGGAGGGGAAGCGUGGCCGCGGUGCACCCCCCCCUGCGUAUCGCUGAUGCAACUUCCUGUAACAAGCACUUUGUAUAAAAAAAAAGUGGACUUCCUGCUAUAAGGCACAGGUAUUUAUUCUGUAACCGAUUUUAGAACACACAACACACACACGAAAGAAAAUAUUCAAAUAAAUGUGAUCACUUAGUGCAACCGCCUC